AUGACUGCAAUCUCAGACUCGCCGGCCCACAAUGGCGUGCGUAACGGCAGCGCCAAUGGUACUAGCCCCAUUGAAGGGCAGCCACCUAUAGCCUCUUACCCCGACUUAAAAGACAAGGUUGUUUUUGGAGCGAAGAUUUUUGGUUGUGAUUUGUACCUAGAGUCUGCACAACAUACUCAGAAACGUAUUGCUGCAGAGGGUGGUGACAUCACCGUUGUUGCUGCAGACGUUACCAACAGCGGAAGCGUCAAAGCUGCCGUAGAUGCUUGCAUUGCCAAGUACGGUCGCAUUGAUAUCUUAGUCAACAACGUCGGUCGUUCUGAACCCGGUGGCCCUGCUGAAAUGGUAGAGGCGGUCUGGGAUGCGCAAAGUAGCGUAAAUCUCAAAUCUGUUUAUCUUUGCUGCCACUUUAUUUUGCCUCUUAUGGAAGAGCAGGGCCAUGGGGUUGUGGUUAAUAUUGCAUCCAUUGCUGGACUUCGCUAUAUCGGAAAGCCGCAGGUCGCAUAUGCCGCGACCAAAGCCGCUGUAAUCCAGUUCACAAAAGCUACGGCUGUCAUUUACGCCCCAAAGAAUAUACGACUGAAUGUCGUUGUACCGGGUUUGAUGCACACACCUCUCGUCGGCAUGCUGGCAGACAAGUACGCCGGUGGUGACCUUAGUGGCUUCAUUGCAAAGCGUAACAAGGCGGUACCGAUGGGCAAGAUGGGCGACAGCUUUGAUGUUGCCAUGACUGCUGUUUUCUUGGCCUCACAACAGAGCCGGUAUAUCACGGGACAAAGAUCGUGGUCGAUGGUGGCAUCACCUCCUCGACUGGCUAACAAGGCAAUUUAG